AUGCCCCUUGUUCUUGAAGGCUCGUGCCAUUGCAAAGCAGUCAAAUAUACAGUUGAAUCCAAUACCCCUGUUCCGUACCAGUUAUGCCAAUGUUCGAUCUGCCGUAAGGUUGGUGGCUACAUGGGAUCAAUCAAUCUGAUGGGUAAUACUAAGACUUUAAAUAUUGUUCGAGGCGAAGAUAAGAUCAAACAAUACACUGCCGUCAAGUCAUUUGACGAGAACGAUAAACCUAAAGAAAUGUGCAAUUCUCAAAGAAACUUCUGUUCGGAAUGUUCAUCCAUGUUAUGGCUAUAUGAUGAUGAAUGGCCUGAUUGGGUCUACCCUUUCGCGUCCAGUAUCGAUAAACCUGAUCCACUCCCUAAUGUUCCCAAGGAAACUACCUUGAUCGCCAUCAAGAGAGACUCAUGUCCCAGUCAAGUCCCCAUUCCUGAAGGAGCAAAGGGGUAUGAUGGAUACGGUCCUGGAAAAGGCAUCGAGGAAUGGCACAAAACUUAUGGAGCUUGGGUUGAUUGA